CUGCAUCUUUUAUAUAUUUUUUUAGUUCAAGAUUCUGUCCCCUUUAAAUAUCCGGCUGAGUUAGUUAAUUAAUUAAAUCCAGUGGCUUGAAUCGAACAGAAGCAUUAUUCCAAUCACAUUUAUCUUGCAGGGUGGGAGAAGGGAUGGCAGCUCUGUCUGGAGCCGUGAUCGAGAAUGAGGGGGCAUCUGAGCAAAGACGUAUCACCAACGCAACCAGCUUCCAUUUCAACAACUGCAGCUCAUACAAGCCCUCCAUUUUUAAUUCUUCAAAAACCCAGCUACACGUUUAUAUUUUAACGACCGCCUUCAUGUUUUCUUAGGGUUUUUUGUUUGUUUGUUUGAUUUUACGAUUAAUGGAUGCGCGAUUUGUUUCUUUCUGAGCUGUAUUGUCUCGGUAAUGAGAAUAAGCCAAGAUGGUCCGCAUAGCUAGCGCGCUGGGUUUGGUAAUGUUAAGUGUCGCUUUGCUUAUUUUAUCCUUGAUCAGCUACGUGUCAAUCAAAAGAGAUAAUAUCUUCACCACCCCAAAAUAUGCAGGUUCGGGGGGUCCUCGAAUGUAUAUGUUUCAUGCUGGAUUUCGGUCACAGUUUGCAAUGAAGUUUCUGGACCCGUCUUUCAUACCACUCACAAAUGCUCUAAAUGAGGAACUGCAAGACAAGCCAUCUAAAUGGAAAUUUAAUAGAACUGCUUUUUUACAGCAAAGGAAAGAAGUUCUUCACUACAUUGAUGUGGCAAAAAACUUCACUUUGACCAAGGGCGGAAUUCGAGUUGGACAGCUGAUGCACUAUGACUAUUCCAGCCAUAAAUAUGUGUUUUCCAUUAGCAAUAACUUUAAAUCUCUGCUUCCUGAUGCAUCUCCGGUAAUGAACAAGCAUUACAAUGUCUGUGCUGUGGUAGGAAACAGUGGGAUCCUCACGGGAAGCAAGUGCGGAUCUGAAAUAGAUAAAGCCGAUUUUGUUUUCCGUUGCAACUUUGCCCCGACUGAGGUUUUCCAAAAAGACGUUGGAAGGAAGACAAACCUCACAACCUUUAACCCUAGUAUUCUUGAAAAGUACUAUAACAACCUUCUUACCAUCCAAGACCGCAAUAACUUUUUCCUUAGUCUGAAAAAGCUGGAUGGGGCCAUUCUCUGGAUCCCUGCUUUUUUCUUUCAUACAUCAGCAACAGUUACCAGAACCCUGGUAGAUUUCUUUGUGGAACACAAGGGACAGUUAAAAGUGAAGUUGGCUUGGCCAGGAAAUAUAAUGCAGCAUGUUAAUAGGUACUGGAAGACCAAACACUUAGCUCCUAAACGUUUAAGUACUGGCAUUCUCAUGUACACGUUGGCCUCUUCAAUGUGUGAGGAGAUCCAUCUCUACGGAUUCUGGCCAUUCGGGUGGGACCCCAACACAGGGAAAGAACUGCCUUACCAUUACUAUGACAAGAAGGGGACCAAGUUCACUACCAAAUGGCAGGAGUCCCACCAGCUUCCGACGGAGUUCAAACUGUUAUACAAAAUGCAUGGAGAAGGUUUGACCAAACUGACUCUUUCACAUUGUGCCUAGAAACCCAAGAUUAAUGAAGUGCCAAAUGAUCGUUCAGUGGUGCCCUGCCAUGGUUGAAUGAGGAUACUCAACCAUCAUGAGAUAUCAUAAAAUAAAGUUUAUUUUAAAGUUUUUUUCAUAAUUCCGGGACCAAUUGUCUUUUCUUAAGUUAAGGGAGAAGAUUUACACCAGUUACUGCAUUUUGUAUUAUUUAAUUUUGAUAAUCUAUCUUGUUAUCAGAUUUAUCUUUUGGUAGAUUAGAAGAUUGUUGGCAACAUAGGACAUAUAUAGAUAAUUAGACAUAAAUAAAUGUAUAUUGAUUUAGAUAGAUAGAUAGAUAGAUAGAUAGAUAGAUAGAUAGAUAGAUAGAUAGAUAGAUAGAUAGAUAGAGAGCAUCCUAAAAUCCAGCUCUAUAUCACCUGAUGUAAUGUAAUGAUUUAUUUUAAUAUACAGUAGUCUUUGGCUAAGAGAACACCCCUUGGGAAGCAAGCGAAGUGUUCUCUUGUUCUUUAAGAGUCAACCACCAGACACAAUAUGAAUCAAUCAAUAAAUAAAUACUUAUUACUUGUCGUGAUGCACGUUCAUAUAAAAUCGACAGAAUAAGUAAGAGAAAAGCAAUAGGCAAGUGUAUGUUAAUAAACUAUACUAAUAUAGCACCAGACAAACUAACUGUCAAACUAAGUUAACACAGCAUCCCUACACACGUUAAAAAAUACAGCAGCAGCUCUAGAUUAAUUAUGAAUACCUGUAGUGGAUCAAUAUUCAAAACAUGCACAAAAUUAUUUAACAGAAUGGUGAAGCAACUCACCUGAACUGAAAACACCAAAUUGCUCAGCGGAUUGUGUCUGAUUCAGGUUUCUUUCAAAAGCUCGUACAAUUUCCAAAUUUUUGUAGCAAGAGAAACAGCAGCGCAUUUCGCUGUUUGUUUACGUGCCAUUUUGGAGCGGUGAGGCGCACUCGAGGAAAUCAGAAUACAAAACGAGGCAAUGAUAAGACAGCGGUUCUGGAAAGAUUUAAAAAUACAAUCAGUGUGCCUCAAGACACUCUCACGAUGACAAGUCACAUUUGAAAAGAUUAAAUAAACCAUUCGAAUUUAAGUUCGAUGGUGAUGGGUUAUCAGGUUACAAAACAGUACUGUAUCAGUUGUGAAUGAAUCGCUAGCGGUGCCAAAAUGUUUUCUUUUCAGUGAAGUUCCUGUUCCUUUUAGGCGGAGCAUUUACAAUGGGAAAAAUCUGUUUCACCACAAGGGUGUUCCCUUAGGCGAGGUGCUCUCUUAGGAGGUGUUCCUAUACACGGAGACUACUGUACCACAUCAAAACUUUGAAAUGAAAGGGACAUAACUAAACUGCCAGACUGUCUUCAUGUUGCCUUGGUAGAGCACCACCUCCUUGCAUCCCACUCUCAUUGUCCUAUAUUGCACUCUUUGUACCCCGUGGGUAAGUUCUUUUUAAAGGGAGCCCCAUUGAGACAUGUCAGCUGUGUAUCAGGCAGCCAUAAUCCUUUUAAUUUGUACAGGUAGUCUUAGCAGCAAGAAAUCUACCAGUUUAUGUCAAUGUAUGCUGGAAUGUUGUCUGUGGCAUUGCCGAUACAUCACUUGUGUAAAUUUCAGUAUAUAAAUAAGAGAAUUAAAAAUGAAUGGUUUAAACUAUGCUUAAUAUAUAUAUAUAUAUAUAUAUAUAUAUAUAUAUAUAUAUAUAUAUAUAUAUAUAUAUAUAUAUAUAUAUAUAUAUGCACACUUGAUUUCAAUAUAGAGCUUUAUUUAAAUGGCACAAACUGCACAUCAAUUACUAAAUCUGCCAUUUGACAUUAUUUUUCCUUUAAGGGUCAUAUACUUGCAUUGCACUCUGCAAAGCAUUUGCAGUCAUUUCCGUGGCAUAAAUACAUUUAUGUUAUGGCCAUUCAUUACUCAUAAAAUACAACUUCAAGAUUAUAGUUACUAUUUGUAUGCCCUUUUCUAAAUCGUGGACCAGGUAUUGGUUUGUAAAAUGUUAUGUGACAACUGAUAUUUGUGAUUAAUGAAAUUAGGGACACAGCUUUUUGUACUGUGAUCAAUACAUACCCCAACAUUAUACUUAAAUUACAAUAAAUAGUACUUUAUUACUACAUAUGAUCAUUUAUACUUAUUCACAUGUAUUUAUUUAUGUAUUUAUGAAUUUAUUUAAAUACCGGUAUAUUUUUUAAAUGUAAUUGAACCUAUAAACAAGAAUAUUGUACUGUUUCAUGAAUGUGCAAAACCGUUUCAGUAACCAGUUUUAAAUGUAAUUAUAAACCAAUUAAAAUAUUGCAUGGACCUUGCUGUUUCUUGACAAUUUUGUUGCGUUCAAAAACAAAAGUUGGUUGCAUGUGGAGCGGCUGAGCAGCAUUGUGGGCACACUAUGUACUGUCUGUUGUUGUGGAGGAAGAGCAAAGAGCAUGUGAAUAAGGCAGUAGAAUAAUUCAGAUCUGACUGUGGCCCACUAAUACAAAUACAAGGAAUAAAAACCUAAAUAUUCUGAAUGUUUGGUACAGCCUUUUCAUGCAGGUUAAUAAUUAGGUUAGGUAAGGCUAUGGUCAUUCAACUAAAAAAACCAAACAGUAUUAUACUGUCGCAUUGGACCUACAUAGGAGCUAGAGCUUUCAAAAUCGUGACCAUCAAAUGAAAUGAGAAAAGGGAUAGAAAGGCAGAAAACAAGAUGGAGAGGCUAGAUACAGAAAUAGGGUGAGUCUGAUAGGGAGGCUUGGCAGGAACUUAGAGAGCCUUCUCUCAUGUGGAUUAAAUAGGGCUAUUGUAAUAUCACAUAGAUAUUACCAGGACCUAUGUAGCAGUCAUUUUUACAGGUAUGUCCUGCAUUUAGGAUGCUUGACAAAUGAAGAUUCUCAUAUUGUCAACUUUUAUUUUAGAAUAAGCCUUAAAAUGCCAAAACAAACAUAGCUGUUUUUAAAGAUUUAAUAUGUACUAUAUUUAAUUUAACUCACAAUUAAUUGCUAAAAGCUAACCUGCGUGAUUAAUCCAUUAAUCUUACAUGGAUGGUUUCAGAGACUGAUUAGCACAUAUCCUGGCCUACUUACCAUAAGGUAGUCCAAGAUUAGUGCUAACCAAGGUCUGUGAAACCAGUCUUUGAUCUUUAGAUAUAGUCUUGCAUCUAAGUGCAUGGAUCACUUAUAUUCACAUUGUACUUGGUGUGUAGAGGAUGACAUUGGACACACUGUUUUUUUGUGUUGUAUGACUUCAUUGCACAGAAUUACAUUAUUACAUAAUAAACUACACUGUAAAACUACUUUUUGGUUCAGUCAGUGUGUUGUGCAUUGGCUUGCAAGGACAGAACAGAAAGGCUGCUUAGUAAGGCUUUAUUAUUUUUAUUAUUUUAUCAUAUUCUUUGUAUAUAUUUAUUUUAUUCAUUGAUUUUUUUCCUGCACAAGUUAUAUCUCAUAUUGUGCUGUUAAAAAAAGUGUGAAGCUUAUUUCCACAUUAUUCAAAAUACAUAAUCAGAUCCCAGACUUACAGGAUAUCGUGUAGUGGUGGGUAAUUAAAGCUGAACGAUGCUCAGCGUUCACUCCUUUCAUUUGGGCAGGCACACCACUUUAUUCCUUAACUUUGUUGGAAAAUACAUUAGCACAGUAAAUGUAUGUGUUUCUGUAGCUUGCGAGGCCGUUGGCAUAUUUAAUCUAGGAAUAUAUUUGUACUCUUUUUUAUGUGUGACUCUAAAGUCCUUUUGUUGCUGUACCAGAAAAGGACUCACUACUUACCAUUAGAGACAUUUUCAAUUUCUUGGAUCCCUGUUCCAUCAAACUGCAAAGAACAUUUUUAUAUGAAGGACGCUACUGUUCUCUCACUUGAAAGUUUUAUUUCAACAUAUUCUUUUUUGCAGUGUUUUUUAUUAUUAUUAUUAUUAUUAUUGUGAACAAGAACUUAUUUAUUAUAUUGAUACAGCAUUAUUUUAACUUUGGCAACUUGCAAAUAAAUCUGAUAUCUAAAAGUUUAAUGUUCAUGUACUGAAUGUGAAUGGAUAAUAGCAAAGGUGGUUUUUUUAAAUUAUAAAACACUUUUGAAUGUAACAUGCCUGCAUUCUUCUGUAUGUACCAACAAUUGCCCUGUUAAGGCAUUGUUUCCAAUAAAACUGUUUUCUUGUGUAUGUAA